AUGGGUUAUGUUGGCGCAGAUCUAGCAUCAUUAAUUUCAAAAGCUGUUUCACUGCAAAUUAAAGAAAAAAUGGGUACCUUGGUAUUACAAGAAGAUGCAACUGAUAGUGAAGUACUCAACUCAUUAGUUGUUACAAAGCACAACUUUCUAUCUGCACUUAUUGAAUCAAAUCCAUCUGCAUUACGUAAAACAGUUGUUAUAGUUUCAACAACAACACUGGGAGAUAUUGGUGGUUUAGACAGUGUUAAACGUGAAUUACAAACACUUGUUCAAUAUGCAGUUGAACAUUCAGAAAAACCACCUGAUUGUGGUACAACAUUAUUAGCAAAAGCUAUUGCUAAUGAAUGUCAAGCCAAUUUUAUCUCAAUUAAAGCAAAUGUACGUGAUGUAUUUGACAAAGCUCGUCAAGCAGCACCAUGUGUACUCUUUUUCGCUGAAUUAGAUUCAAUUGCAAAAGCUUGUGGUGGUGCAGCUAAUCGUGUUAUUAAUCAAAUUUUAACUGAAAUGGAUGGUAGGGGUACAACCAAUCGAUCAGAUAUCAUUGAUUCAGCUAUCCUUCGACAAGGUCGUCUCGAUCAAUUAAUUUGUAUUCCAUUACCUGAUGAUAAAUCACGCAUGGUUAUUUUAGGAUCUACUUUAAGAAAAUCACCUGUAGCCAAAAAUGUUGAUAUGAAUUUAUUGGCUAGUGUAACCAAAGGUUUUAGUGGUGCUGAUUUAAUAGAAAUUUGUCAACGUGCUUUUAAAUUAGCAACUGAAGAAUUAAUUGUGAAAAAGAACGACAACGUAAUGGACACAUAG